UUUACUACUGAUAUCAUCAGACAGAUCGACUUGAGAAGUUUUGACGAGCAUUAAUAUAGCUGCAUCAGGACUAGGCCUACCGGUACACUUAAGUUUAGAUAGCAUGUCGGAGUCAGUGGGCAAACCUGCAAAAUGUUGAAUUAAUCAAGAACCAGGAACAACACAUACAUGUAGUGGUCUUCUAGCUGCCGAGAUUACUCUCUGAUCCACCAUGCAUGAUGCUUAUGAGGCACGUCCUAUCUUGGAGAAGCUUCCUCUACCUAUAGAAUCAAUAGCCUGCCAUGGAGAUCAAUUGCUUGUGGGAACAAAACCAGGACACCUGCUGGUAUACAGCAUCACGGGAGGACAACUGGGUACAUUUAAAGUGGAUCUCCUCAAGUCUUUCAAGUCAUUUUCUAAGAAGCCAAUUCAACAACUAGAAUGCAUUCCGGAGAUGCAGAUUGUCAUUAGUCUUUCAGAUGCUGUUAUUAACGUGCAUGAGCUGAAUCAUUUCACAUCAAUCACAAGCAUUGCCAAAACCAAGGGAGCUACCCUAUUCUCUACAUACAUGCAGAAAGUGAAUAGUGGAGGAGGUGUCCAGUUUACUCUGAAGCUAUGUGUAGCUGUCAAAAGAAAACUUCAACUAUUCAUCUGGAAAAAUAGAACAUUUGAAGAACUCAAGCCUGAUCUAGGAGUUCCUGAUGUUCCAAAAGCUAUGUCAUGGUGUGAAAACUCCCUCUGUGUUGGCUUCAAAAGAGACUACUUUCUCAUCAAUAUUGACAAUGGUCAGCCCAAGGAUCUGUUCACAACAGGCAAUGCCUCUCAAGCUGAACCUACCGUCACCAAACUUUCUGAGGACAUGCUUGCCCUGGGCAGGGAUAACAUGAGUAUUAUCAUCGAUUCAGAGGGACAACCAGCCAAAAAAUAUGCCCUUACUUGGUCAGACAUUCCAUUAGUAUUAGAACACGACCAGCCAUAUAUCAUCGCUGUGCUUCCAAAGUAUGUAGAAGUGAGAACGGUUGAUCCAAGGUUACUAGUACAGAGUAUAGAAGUAGACAAACCAAAAUACAUUACACAAGGAAGUGGUCAUGUUUAUGUAGCAUCUAAUAACUUCAUCUGGAGGUUAGAGCCUGUUCCAUUGCCAAGACAGAUUCAACAACUUGUAGAUGACAAACAGUUUGAAUUAGCCCUCCAUCUUGCUUACAUGACAGAUGAGGUAGAGGCUGAUCGACAGAGGAGAAUACAGCACAUUCAGAACCUAUAUGCCUUUGAGCUGUUUCAGCAACACCGCUUUGAAGAGUCUAUGAAAAUGUUUGCCAAACUAGGAACAGAUCCAGCACAAGUGAUUGGUCUCUUCCCAGACCUACUGCCCAAGGAGUAUAGACAGGUGUUACAGUACCCCAGCACACCUACAGAGCUUGGUGGAGCUGAACUAGAGAAGGGUCUGACUGCCUUGGUAGAGUAUCUGACCCAGAAGAGACAAGAUCUGGCCAAGGAAUCCUCUCAACAGACUGCAGCCACGCCUUCAACUAUCUGCGAGGGAUCAAAGAUAGUAACUUCAAGAAGACAAAGAAGUCUAAUUAUCGACACAACUCUACUCAAAUGCUAUCUACAGACCAACGAUGCCCUAGUAGCUCCACUACUUAGAUUGAAAGAUAACAACUGCCAUCUAGAUGAGAGUGAGAGGGUAUUGAAAAAAUACCAAAAGUACAGUGAACUUAUUAUUCUCUAUGAGAAGAAAGGCCUUCAUAAGAAAGCCUUGGACCUGUUACUGCGUCAAUCACAAAAACCAAACAGUUCCCUCAAGGGUCAUGAAAGGACAGUAUCCUACCUUCAAAGGCUAGGCAAAGAACACUUCAAUCUCAUCUGUGAAUAUGCUCAAUGGGUGCUCAAAACAUAUCCUGAAGAUGGGCUAAAGAUAUUCACCGAGGAUAUCCCUGAAGUAGAAGGGUUACCGAGGGAUCAAGUCCUGGACUACCUAACCACAGUAGCCAGUAACCUAUCUGUACCAUACCUAGAGCACAUCAUCCUUAACUGUUUAGACGAGACUCCAGAAUUCCACAACAGGCUUGUCAAUCUCUACAAAGACAAGAUACAGGUUCUUAUGGAAGACUACAGACAGACACUUCCAGAAGGUCAGUUAUUUGUCAGAGCUGGUUCCGAGCCAGGUGAACUAGGUGCAAUGAGAAAGAAGCUUCUCUUCUUCCUUGAGACGUCACAAUAUUACAGACCAGAGAGACUCCUAACUAGGUUCCCUUUUGACAGUUUCUUUGAGGAGAGAGCUCUCUUGCUUGGUAGAUUAGGAAGACAUGAGCAGGCUUUAGCUGUCUACGCACAUAUACUCAAGGACACAAGACAAGCUGAAGAGUACUGUCGAAGAACGGCCAUGAUCAGUCGAGAAAGUGAAACAGAUGUUUAUCUUAGUCUUUUCCAAACGUACAUCAGACCGCCAGACCCAGAGUCCAUGCGAUUGAUGAUGCAGAAUACACCAGCUCCAGAACCAAACAUAAAGGCUGCCCUCAAUGUCCUCGAAAUUCAUCAUGACAAGAUUGAUACUGCCAGGGCUCUUGAGAUGUUACCUGAUACCAUCCAAGUGAGAGAUAUAUGUGGUUUCCUAGAGAAGGUGAUGGAAGGAAAGGCCAUUCAGAAGAGAGAUAGUCAAGUCCUUAAGAGUCUCUUCUACUCAGAAAACUUACAGGUAAGACCCUCUUAUUAAAAAGAUGAAGUGGUCAGAUGUGGCUAAAGCAGAUCAAAAAUCCAUUGGAAAUUGGAAAUUUAUUGUUAAGUCUUUAUGAUUGCUCUUUGGCCCUAAAACUGACUUGCAGUUGAUUGAUUGCAAGUCAAAGUCCUCUAUAUUAUGUUUUUCCGCAGGGAGACAUUAUCCUUUGAACACAGUAUGAACAAAGAAUUACUUAGGGAAUCUGAAAGAUAUUAUUGUUAAAUCAUUUCUUGAAACAGUAAAAAAAUCUUGGAUGAAUCCUUGAAAUAUUUUGGCUAUGGAAUUAACCUGUAAACUGCAGAUGUCUUCAUACCCAUAUUGCUUCAAUAAUUUUUUUUUUACUCCUGGUUAAUACGAAGAAAGCCUGCAAUGAGAAAUAGCA